CUGGCGGUUCCCCGGCGGGCGACCGCAGAGGCUCUGGUCGGCAGCCCGGCCGUGCGGAGUUCGGGCCCGCUCGCCGGGCCGCCGGGCGGCCCCCACCGCCCCGCUGCCGCGCAGAUGGGUGCGCUGGGUGUGGACACUCCUUGGGGUGCUGGCUGUUGACGGCAUCUGCAGGGUGCUUAAGAAGGUCUUGAAGCAGCCCCGUCCUGAAGGCAGCUACCGUGGUGGAUACGGCAUGCCCAGCGAGCAUGCUGCGUUCGCCUUUUUCUUGGCGCUCCACUGUUCCCAGGCGGCCAGAGGAAAGAUCAGGGGGACCUGCAUGGGCAGCAGAAUGUUUGGCCACAGCAGCCGCACAGGAAAUGUGAAGGGAUUCGCUUGCACAGAAAGGUUUCGGAGGCAACAGCAGCAGGAUCGAGAGGUGCAGCAGGAGCAGCAGCAGAUCCACGACGCCAGAGUUAGAGACGAGGGCAGCCCGGCCCGAUGUCGGCCUCGUGGCCCUCCGACUGCAUGGCGAGGCCGCAGGGCGAAGAGGCGAAGAAGCAGGGGCGGCGGCAGCAGGGUCUGCGGCCAGCUGUGGAGAAGCACCUCCAUCGCCACGUCUAUUGCCCCACCCUCAUCAAGAUGACGGUGAUCGCGCUCCUCUGGACUUGGGCCGGAUUGGUGACCUUCUCGCGUGCUCACAUGGGGGUGCACUCCGAGGCUCAGCUCGCCGUCGGCGCGGCGCUCGGCGUGGCCUAUUCGCUGGCGUGGUUCCGCCUCGAGCUGGCGCUCUCGGCGCCGCUCGCACGCGCGCAGCGGCUGGCGGACGCGGCCUGGCGGGGCCUCGGCAUCAGCUGGCGCGAGUGCGGCGGCGACCCCAGCGGAAAGGGCGACUGAAAACGAG